UUUAAAUCGAGGAGGAGAUGAUGUGCUGAGAGGUCAGGCUGGCUUUCUGGAUGCAGACAGACCAUGUGCACACAAUGCAGGUCCCAUCUCCCAACCAGUGGGCACACUCCAUGCCCAGGACAAUGUGCUCAGCCUUGCUGUGUGUCUUGCUGCUGUUAGCCUGGGUAUCAAAGAUGGUCAGUGCUGGGGACUACUGCAGCUGGAGAGGGAGUGGUCUGGUUUCGGACUUGCGUCAGCAAGCUGUGGAACUUAUUCGCCUGCGUUGUACAGAGGGUUCCCUGGAAUGGAACUACCCAAAACGAGCUCUGCGGGUUAUUCUUGAGCCCAACCUGGCAAGUGGCAAGUACAGUACAGCCUGCAUCAAGCCAUCCGCACAAUUCGAAGGUGCUAAUAUUUAUGUGGAAAAGAACAAAGAAGUGCGCCUCCUGGUGGGCGAGACGGAGGGGUUACGGCAGGUACACUGCUUUUCAAUGGACAGACAGCAGGUGACCCUGUUUCUGCAGGCCAGUCCGCAAACCGAGAUCACGGCAAGGACAGCUGGGUUUCAGUACGAGCUGCUCAGCAACCAGAAUUCCGGGCCAUGGUUCCAUAAAUUUGCGCUAGUAGAAGCUGUCUGUCGGCCUUGCGACAAUGAAGACCUACUUAUGGCAAUUUGCAACAGUGAUUUUGUGGUUAGAGGUUCCAUUGAGAGUGUGAGCCAUGACGAGGGCAGUCGUAUGUCUCGAGUGGACAUCAAAGCUCGGAAAGUGUACAGACAAAGAAACAGCAUAUUCCAGUUGGAUGAUUCCACCGGUGAUUGGGCUGGACCCAUAAGAACAUUGCUGCAGUGCAGAGUCAAGAAAGGAGAAGGAGAAUUCCUCUUCACUGGGAGUGAACAUUUUGGAGAUGCAUGGUUGGGAUGUGCUCCUCGAUUAAAAGACUUUCACCAUAUCUAUCAGGAAGCCAAGGAGCUAAGGACUAACCCAUGUGAAUUUCAGGCUGACUGAAAAUAAACUCCGUUAAGAAAGAACAUUCUAAACAGAAACAUUGUGAUGUAUUUUUAAGAGGAACUAUAACAGACGAAGACAAACCAAA